CUCAAAGCUAAGCGGCGAAAAUUCGCACUUUGUGGUGACUCUGUGAAUCGAUUUUUCUCCUUUCUUCAGUAUCGAAUAAAGGGUCUCUGCAAAAUCCAGAUUUUGAUUGGAACAAUGCCAAUUACGGUGGUUAAUAGCACUCUUUGUCACCCGAUUGCUUCGUUUCCAUCAUCCACGUUUCAUUCUCAUCAAUUCUCGAAGAGAAUCUCAGGAAAGGGGACAUGGGUUUGCCAAAGGGGGAGACUUUAUGUGAAAUCGAGCAAGUUAGAGGCGAAACGGGAUGAAGUAUCACCGAAGUCGUCUGAUACGAGCAGCAAGUCAUCAAGCUUCUUGUCUUUUCUAUGUCCGUUGCUUAAAGUUUUCUCUGGAGGUGAUCCUUCUCAAGAGCGGAAUCAUGCUCUAGAGGUUGCAACUUCUUCAUUAGCAUCUGUUGCAAGACUUCCAUGGGGAUCGCGAGUAUCAACUGCGAGUAUAGAUAACUCAGAUGUUUCUUCUAAUCCUCCUUUGCGAUUGCAGCUUUUUGAAUUUGAGGCAUGUCCCUUUUGCCGGAGGGUACGGGAAGCCAUGACUGAGCUAGACCUUUCUGUAGAAGUUUAUCCUUGUCCUAAAGGAUCUGUAAGACACAGAGAACUAGUUAGAAGAUCUGGCGGAAAAGAGAUGUUUCCAUUCCUUGUCGACCCGAAUACUGAAACUUUAAUGUAUGAGAGUGGUGACAUCGUAAAGUACCUAUUUAAACAAUAUGGAAAUGGAAGAGGCCCUUCCACAGGACUUCUGGAAAGCACCUUGUUCACUGGAUGGAUGCCAACACUUCUCCGAGCAGGUAGAGGCAUGUCAUUGUGGGACAAAGCUUCAACAGAUCUGCCACCUAAAAUGCUUGAGCUCUUCUCUUACGAAAAUAACCCGCAGUAUUCACGGUUGGUACGUGAAGCACUGUGUGAGCUGGAGCUCCCCUAUGUAUUACACAACAUUGGAGAAGGGUCAACACGGAUGAAUUCACUUCUAAAUGCUUCAGGGUCCAAUAAGGUUCCAUUCUUGGUUGAUCCAAACACUGGUGUCCAAUUAGGUGAUUACCAAAAGAUUCUGGCUUACCUCUUCCAGACUUACUCUUCAGCAGCAUCUGCAUAGUGCAUAUAUAGUGCCUAGUCUGACCUAUACACCAUUAUUCCCAAGGAUCAGGAAUGCAUAGUUACAGAGAGUACUUUUUCUUAUUUUAAGCAACUUGAAACAUUUUGAUGUAUAUAAUAGAGUAAAGUAUUGUAUAUCAAGACUAAACACACCUGUCAUGUUUUGUGUGUUUGGCAUCAAAGUCUUGUUUUUCAAGCA